AUGUCGUUCUUUGGUUUCGAGGAAGGCGGCUUGGAACAUGAAAAGAAAAAAUUCCUGGAAGGCGGUCUCAAAGAAAGCGAGGAUGUUGCGGUAUACACCUGGGGUGAGGAAAGUUACGAUGGUCUCGGAGACGCCCUCCUCGAGGGCGGCGACGAGCUGAACGAUGAGACUUUUGGUGCAACGGGCGCUAUUGGAAAGGACUUUGAUUUCUCCAGUCAGAAUCUGCCUGUGACAUCUCCGUCGACCGGAAGAGUGCAUGACCAGCAUUCUCGAGCCAUCGAACAGCAGCCUAGGGAAAGGACGCCUCGCAUAGAGGUCACUGGCAGCUCCCCAAGUGUCCAGCCCCAUGCCCCUCCUGCCGAUUCCCUCGAAUCGAUAUGGGAUGACAAGUCGCCGUUCGCCAUCCUAUCCCGCAUGAAUGGCGCCGGUCACUCUGCGGAUCAUCAGCGAGCGCCGUCUGCCUCAAAGUCCCCGUUCCUGCCCUCCGCCACCAACGACAACCGAGCCAUAGGCCAUCAGACGUCCAUCCCUCAAGGUGUUAACCACACAGGCGUACGCACGUUGCAGGAGAUCGAAGCCGAGAUGCAUGCUAUUGCCCAGCAACAAGAGCAACUACGGCGACAACAGGAGCAACAGGAGCAUCUGCGGCAGAACCAGCUUCAGCAACAAGAUUUGCUUCGCCUUCAGCAGCUCCAGCAACUCCAACAGCGCACACCGCCACCUCGCAUGUUAUCUCACUCCCAGUCACCUCGAUUCCAUGCCCAUCAGAUUCUCCAGCUUCAGCAAGAGCAGGAACGCCAGCAGCAACAUAGACUACAUGAGCUGCAGGAGCAACUACGCAUGGAAGAGCUCGAGCGCCAUGUUCGUGCUCAGCAGGUUCCUGCGAUGCAACAUCAAGGCCAAUCUCUUGGUCGGCGACAGACCAGUUUUAAUGAUCUUCAAGCCGCUCAGGGUGUUCAUCAACGUCGUAUUCAUUCGCCUGCCUUUGUGGAUCAGCAACACACGCAGAACUCGCAGAACGCGCAGCUAUUGCCCCAUAACAUUCAGCUACAGCAGCGUCUACUCUCGGAGAUGGCCCAGGCUGAGUUCAUGCGCGACAUGCAAGGCGUCAGUCCGGCAGAGCAAGAACAGCUCAGAGCUGAAGCCAUGCGCAAGAUAAUGGAGACAGAGCGGAUGGAGGAGAGACGCCGUCGCAAGGCUGCCAAAAUCGCCCACAUGUCGCGAUACAACGAUCUGAUGACCCAGUCAGACAAGGACUUUAUCACGCGCAUUCAGGUCUCGCAGCUCGUCACUCAGGAUCCCUACGCCGAGGACUUUUACGCUCAGGUUUAUGGUGCCAUCCUUCGCUCGCGUCUUGGACUGCAGUCGCAGGAUGAACGCGUGCUCAAGUUUGGCUCUGGCGGCGGAGUCGGUCUAGGCCUCGCGCAAAAGGGCGGUGGACGCAGGCAGAGUGCGAUGCAGAAAAUGGAAGCGCAAGUUGAACGCAUCGUGAGCAAUGCUCGACUGAGAGAGAAGGAAAAGGCGUUGCACAGUCUUCAAGGUGCUUUAGGAAAGACGUCCGGUCGUAGCUAUAAGGCUGCACCGCGUCAACUUUUGCAAGUCGAAGCUGCCAACGCCACUACGCCUACUAUGUCCGGUGCCCACCCUCAUAUAUCCAAGGAGGACGCCAUUGAAACCAACGGUGAAGGCGCCGCUAGGGAGGCUGCUAAACUUGGUCGAGAGGCGCUUGGAGCCGCUGCAGGCACCGACGGAGUGGUAAAGAUGGAACCCCUGGCUCAGCGACAAGUUCUCGUCAUUUUAGAGAGUCUUUACGACCUUGUGUUGAGUGUCGAGCAACUGAGGCGGGACCAGCCUCCAGAAGAAGACGAAGUAGCCUUCAACGCGUGGCAAAUGUCGUAUGAAGACCUGACUGAACAGUUGUGGAUUAAUCUGAAAGUGAUGGUCCCUCUUGAGACGAGCGACCCGCACCCAUUCGUAUCGUUACUAACGCCAGCCAAGGGCAAAAAGAUCCUCCCCCGCCUCAGCCGACACAUCAGCGGACCGCGAAUGCUCACCCUGCUCACCCUCCUCGUCGCCUGCUUCUCCCAGCUCGACGUCUUCAAACAGGCCGGCCUGCUCGACUCGGUCGAGGACACGCCGGAGCGCCAAGAGGUCGACCGGCAGACGCAGGCGUUCCUCGGGAGCGUGAUGCAGAGCAUCUUGCCGGUGGUGGCCAAGGCUGAGCUGAGGCUCGUCAGCGGCCUUUUGGGUCUCUUCUUGGACCGCUGCGAUGUGGUGGCGGCGGCGCAGACCAAGCCUGGCAUCGCGAUCCUCACUCUGUUCUUGAGUCGGGUAGAGGUCAUCAAGCAGAACAUGAGCACCGUAGUUGAUUCUCCCGAGACGCCUACUCCCGAAGAGGCUCAACAAUGGCAACUCAUGUUCGACCACCUCUUCCAACUCGUCGCCCCGCACUUCCUCGCGCUCUUCCCCUCCGCCCGGCUCGCCUCCGCCCUCCCCCUCCCCUCCCACGGCCCCGCCCCCCCCUCGUCCUCGCUGCCGACGGACAUCAUCGACCAGCCCAUCUGGCAAUUCCUCGCCGCGCUGGCGCUGCACGCCUCGAGCGAGCAGCAACAGAUCCUCGUCUCGACGUUGCGCGAAAAGGUGCUCGAGAACGUGACGAGCGUGAGCAAGGGCUGGGUGGCGGAUGAGGAGGAGGGGGAGCUGAAGCUGGCGAAUGUCAACUUGUUUUUGCAUGCGCUGGGGUUGGAUAGUUCUCAGAUUGAGAUUUGAAGAGAAAAAGAAGGAUGCGCUUUGUGUGGUUUUUUGACUUUUGUUUUGUUUUCUCUCUACUUUGACCAUCCCUUUUUUUUUUUCUCUCCCGUUUCCCAUCUUACAGUAAUAAUGAUACGGUAUGAAUGAAUGAACGAGCAUGCGACUGAGAGAGCGAGAUUUAUAAAAUAAAAUAAAAAAUAAAAAGUCAUGUUGUUUCCUACUACCAUACAAAUGGAAAUCAUUUGGACAUG